AUGGCCGGAACUACAGAGGCCAAAUUAAGAAAGAGGCACGAAAAUGAACCAAACUCUGUCCCGGUGAUAGAGUCUCCCAGGGUAAAGUCUGAUGACUUUGCAUUGGAGCAUAUCACCGGAGGCUGGCAACCUGGUAUGGAUUCAAAGGUUGACUACUCUGGUCAUUUUGAAUUUGGCGGCUCAUUGGGUUGCCUUGGAUUGAUGAUUGGAUUCCCAUUGUUAAUGUACUAUAUGUGGAUUGGUGCCACUUACUAUGAUGGGAAGCUGCCUUGGCCUGAACCUGAUCAGUCCUUGGUAGAUUUUGGGAAGCAUCUGGGCCAUCUCGUCUACACUGGCGCUUUCCCUCACCAGCGCGCGUGGCGUAUCUAUUGGACAUACUUCAUUUUCGAAGCUGCCUGCUAUGUCUUGAUGCCUGGAUUCACCUGCUACGGGAAACCUCUGGCUCAUUUAGGAGGAAAGCAGUUGAAGUACCAUUGCUCUGCCUAUGCCAGCUUUUACUUGACUAUCGUCGUCAUGGCUGUUUUGCACGGCACUGGCAUGUUUCCCAUCUAUACGUUCCUAGAUGAGUUUGGUCCCCUCAUGUCUGUUGCAAUCCUUUCUGGCUAUAUCAAUAGUCUCAUCACCUAUACCCAGGCCUUUGUUCGUGGCACUCAGCACCGCAUUACUGGUUACCCGAUCUACGACUUCUUCAUGGGUGCUGAACUGAACCCGCGACUGUUCGGAAUCUUAGACUUGAAGAUGUUCUACGAGGUCCGAAUCCCGUGGUUCAUUCUUUUUGGCCUGAGUUGUGCAGCUGCCACCCGGCAGUACGAAAGAUAUGGCUAUGUCUCCGGUGAAGUGCUGUUCCUAGUCAUGGCCCAUUACACAUACGCCAACGCAUGCUCUAAAGCAGAGCACCUUAUCACCACAACCUGGGAUAUGUAUCAAGAGAAGCUUGGAUUCAUGUUGACAUUCUGGAACCUGGCCGGUGUUCCCUUGUCCUACUGUCACUGCACAUUGUACCUUGCAAACCACGAUCCAUCCACCUAUGCGUGGAGCAAACCCGCACUGGCCGCAUUCUUCAUCUCCUAUCUAUUUGUCUACUGGGUCUGGGACACGGCCAAUGGACAGAAGAACUCUUUCCGGAUGAUGGAGCGGGGAACGUGGGUGAAGCGCAACACUUUCCCACAACUCCCCUGGCAAGAAAUCCACAACGCAAAGACCAUUGUUUCUGAGAAUGGAGAUACCAUUCUUGUCGAUGGAUGGUAUGGAUUGGCGCGAAAGGUCCAUUACAGCUGUGAUAUGUUUUUCGCCAUUUCCUGGGGUCUGAUCACUGGCUUUGAGAGUCCCUUUCCGUGGUUUUAUCCUGUCUUCUUUUGCAUUAUGAUUACGCACCGUGCUAUGCGUGAUAUCAACAAGUGCAGACACAAGUACGGUGCUUCGUGGACGGAAUACGAGAGACAGGUGCCUUAUCUUUUCAUCCCGUAUGUCAUUUGA